AAAUAUCGCUAUUUUGUCGUUAAAUCGAGUAUAUCGUUUAAAACGAUUAAGGAGAAUAUGCAUUCGUAUGGUUAUAUUUAUCGAUUUUCGCGGGAAAAAAUUGAAAUAUCAAGUAGCUACGAUCGUCGCUAGAGACGCUUUAAGCAGCGGAACAUGGUGGUGACAGGCGCGGUUAUGUUUUUAUGUUUACUUCAUGCAUGUUCUAUCAUUUUGUAAGAUUCCGAAAGAAAAAAAGAACAUAAUUUAGAAAUAUGAAGAGAGUUUUACGGAAUAAACAAAACACACCUAUAAUUAUAUCAUCCGACGAAGACGAGGACGAGAAGAAAGAAAUAAAAAGGAAAGUUGUAAAGAAAGAAAUUCAGGUUGAAGGCGAGAAAGGUAAGGGCAAGAAGAGAGUAGGAAAUGUAAGAGGGAAGAAAGUAAAGGUAGAAAAUAUCAAUGAAAAGGACGAUAAAAAAGUAGACGACGAAUGUAUAAGGGUAAAGGGUGUUAAAAGGAAAAACGAAGAUACAGACAAAUCACAUAAUGCAAAAAAAGUGAGGUUAAAGAAGGAUGAUCUAUCUGUUGUUGUAAAAAAGUCGAAGGAAGAUGUAUCUCUCGAAAGGCAAAAAAAGAAUAAAGAAAUAGAUAUAGGAAAUUUUCCUAGCGAAUGUGUGGAAUGGACCGACGUUGACUACAUUUGCGAAGUGGAAAAUAUCGAUAAAGAAGUAGCAGAAAAUAUAGUGAAACUUUUCAAAGAUGAUAAUACUAUACCUUUUAUCGCAAGGUAUAGGAAAAAUAUGACAGGCGGCAUGGAACCGGAUCAAUUGAGAUCAGUGAAAGAGUCCUUUGAUCGUGUAAAUGUAAUAAAACAUCGCGCUGCCGUUAUUAUUAAAGCUAUCGAUAAGUUAGGAAAGUGGACGCCACAGAUACAUUCUGCCAUAAUGUCUACCAAAUCCGGGGACGAUUUGGAGCAUAUUUAUUCAAUGUUUAAAGUAACGUCGAAGCAAUCCUUGGCAGAGAGGGCCAAAUCGUUGGGCUUAGGUCCGAUAAGUAAUGCGGUAAUAGAGGGAAAAGAAAUUCCUCCUCUAUCGUCGCUGAUCGAUCGAGAAAAGAAAGAGCUGCAAACCGAGCAACAAGUAAGGGAAGGAAUUGUACAUAUUAUAGCGGAUAUAAUAAGUAAAAAUAAAGGUACGUUUGACAAAGUGAAAAUCCUUGAAAGAGCAUCUAUUAUAGAGAUUCAAACGGCGCGAUCAAAGGCAAAUGAUACAUCCAAGAACGGGAAGAGGGAUGUAGAUCGAGAAAAGUAUGAAAUAUAUUUCAAUUUCAAAAGUAACACAAGAAUUAUUAAACCGCAUCAAAUUUUAGCUAUUAAUAGGGCAGAGGCGCAGAAAGUACUCGGUGUAAAAAUCGUUAUACCCGAUUCAUUGAUAGAUGGAUUUAAAAAUUAUUGUUUGAACUCGUUGUUCAGAUUCGGAGCUAGGUCGUCGUCGUCGUCGGCCAUACACUUGGCAUUGUUGGAAGAUAGUAUCGAUUAUGCUUACAAAAAGUUUAUCAAACCGUUGAUAGUUCGAAGAGUACGAGGCGAAUUAAAGGAGAAAGCUGAGAAUGCAUCGAUAAAGGUAUUCUCUAUCAAUGUCAAACAGUUGCUACUGACACCUCCUGUACGUGGAAAGAUAGUGCUGGGUAUAGAUCCAGGUUUUUCUCAUGGAUGUAAAUUAGCAGUGGUAUCGGAGCAAGGUAACGUUUUAGAAACUGCCGUAAUAUAUCCUCAUAGAAGGGCAGAAGGAGGUUUAGAUAAAUCGAUUAAAAUUUUGACCGAUUUGGUGAGGAAAUAUAAAAGUACUGUCGUAGCGCUCGGCAACGGUACGGCAUGCAGAGAAACAGAAGUGUUACUUUCAAAUUUAAUCAAAUCUAAUGCCUUCGAUCCAUUCGACGUUUCUUAUACUAUAGUCGACGAAGCUGGAGCUUCCAUAUACAGCUGUAGUUCGGAGGCGAAACUUGAGUUUGCCAGUCUUGACCCAAAUAUAAUCUCUGCGAUCUCAAUCGCAAGACGUAUACAAGAUCCUCUUGCCGAAUUGGUCAAGAUAGAACCGAAGCAUCUAGGUGUAGGAAUGUAUCAACACGAUUUGCCCGAAAAACAAUUGAUACAGUCAUUGAACGAAGUUGUCACAGAGGCUGUAAGUUUUGUCGGCGUCGAUGUCAACACAGCUUCCCAUUCUCUUCUUAGAAAAGUCGCCGGUUUGAAUGUAUCUAGAGCGACUAGCAUCAUAGAAUGGAGGAAUAAGCAUGGUCCAUUUUUGAACAGACGACAAAUUUUGAACGUAAAAGGCAUCGGUAGCAAAACUUUCGAACAGUGUGCCGGAUUUAUAAGGAUUCUACCAGAGACAGUAACGGUUACCGGGAGUAAAGUAAAGAAAUCCAAAGAUCCAGAUAAUUCUUUAAAUUUUUUGGAUCAGACGUGGAUUCAUCCGGAGUCAUAUGCUAUAGCGAAUGAAUUUUUAAAAUCGUCUGGAUGUAAUGUAGAGGAAAUAGGCAGUUUGUCUUUCAUAGAAAGAAUAAAAUCAUACGUCAAAGACGGUGGUUCGAGUUUUCGUAAGAAAUUUCAGACGGACGAAGCCACGUUAGAAGUCAUAAUAAAGGGCUUAACUAUGAAGAAGGACGAAGACAUAAGAAUGAAAUCGCACUGUCCUUUGUUUCGUGCUUCUUUGCGAAAUAUCGACGACUUGACCGAGGGUACUUUGUUAAGCGGGGCUGUUAGAAACGUCACGCAUUUUGGCGUAUUCGUAGACGUUGGGGUAGGAAAAAAUGGUCUUAUGCCCACCAAAUGUUGCAAGGGUGAAACUCUUUGCAUAGGUCAACGCGUGGAAGUAAAAGUUGUCAACAUCGAACACAGACGUAAUAGAUUCAUCUUGGAACUCAUCAAGGCCUUGUAAAGUAAUAUCGAAGGGCUUUCUUUGUCGAUCGUGCGAGAUGUCAAAUACAAUCGAAAUACUUUUUUUUUUUUUUUUUUUUCUUUUUUUUUCUUCAAUCAUGUACAACCCUCCCCCAUAAUAUUACGUUUUGUACGGAUUGUGAGCGAAAUAAAUUCAUCCAUUGAAAACAUUGAGUAAGAAAAAUGGAGAAAAGUUUGAUUUGGAAAAAAAAAAAAACAGAAAAAAGAACAUUUGAUUUGGAACAAACCUUUUAUUAAGGGGACUCGAUGGAUUUAUUAUGUGUGUGCCCGAACGAAAGGGUUGACUAUGCUCGAAAAAGUCUCUCUUGCGUUUGUGCCGAUCAAUAUACGCCGUAGUCAACGGCGUAGCAGUAAGAAGCUACUUUUUUCUUUCCUUUCAUUUAUUCUCUCGAUUUCUUUUAAUUAAUUUUUUAUUCUGGCAACUUCGACAAUGGAAAAAUGAUUGUAGGAUUGAGUUCAUAAAUAGUUUAAUACCUGUACGAGAGGGUAUUCAAGAAAAUUAUAUAUCGCGAUAGAGAAAGGAGAAGUAAGAUGUGGGGGUAUUAAAAGGCACGAUAUGCCA